CGCCGCCCGGAGCCGGUGCGGCUGUGAGGGGCCGUGUGUCGCCGCCGCCGGCCGGCCGGGCAUGGUGUUGGGUGCCGGGCCCGCCUCACCUGUCUCGGGGUGCCCAGGUGACCUGGCCUGAUGUUGCCACUACAGGCAGGAAUGCCAAGUAAAUAUGACUUGAUGAUGAGACCAGUAAAUUGCAUGCAGGAAUCUUUGAACAGCCCAAGAGCAAGUCCCACCCAGAGGAGGAACUAAAUGGACUAAACCGGCCGACUGGGACUUGCGGGAUAAAGAAACUGAGCAUGCUUUUCCGUGCAGCUCAUCUUGUCAGCAGAAAUGCUGCCCUAACACUGUGUACUCCACAGUCAAGGGGCAGCUCUGGGGCCUUCUAUGGGUGAAGCACUGCACGGAAGGAAAGGAGAAUCCUGAAGCAACCGCAGGGUAAAGGUAGCAGUAAUGCUGACGCUGGCAAGCAAACUGAAGCGGGAGGACGGUCUCAAAGGGUCCCGGACGUCAGCCACGGCCUCCGACUCCACUCGGAGAGUGUCUGUGAGAGACAGGCUGCUUGUUAAAGAGGUUGCGGAGCUUGAAGCUAAUUUACCGUGUACAUGUAAGGUGCAUUUUCCUGAUCCAAACAAGCUACAUUGCUUUCAGCUAACUGUAACCCCAGAUGAGGGUUACUACCAGGGUGGAAAAUUUCAGUUUGAAACUGAAGUUCCUGAUGCAUACAACAUGGUGCCUCCCAAAGUGAAAUGCCUGACCAGGAUCUGGCACCCCAACAUCACAGAGACAGGCGAAAUAUGUCUAAGUUUACUGAGAGAACAUUCGAUCGACGGCACUGGCUGGGCUCCCACAAGGACAUUAAAGGAUGUUGUUUGGGGAUUAAACUCUUUGUUUACUGAUCUUUUGAAUUUUGAUGAUCCACUGAAUAUUGAGGCUGCAGAACAUCAUUUGAGGGACAAGGAGGACUUCCGGAAUAAAGUGGAAGACUACAUGAAGCGUUAUGCCAGAUGAUAGGAGGAGGAGACGGUGGGGCUGUGGACUGUGUGUUGUAGGCUUGUCUCCAACCUCAACCAAGAGGGAGCUCCCCCUCCCCAGUCCUCGUGCUCCCCUCAGACCCACAGGGUCAUCCACAUCCUGUGACCAUGCUGUCCCGAGGAAGAACCUCUUCACGACUGCCCAUUGUAGAUGGAGAGUCCCACAUAAAUACAGCAAGAAAAUGUGUUUGGGGUUCUAAAGAGUUGUCUGCUUCCCUUAACAUGUUUACUUUUUGGAAACUGUACUGUAUAGGCUAUUGAUGAGAUUCCUGAAAAGUUGUAACGAACUCAGAAUUGAGGCUAGCGCUUGCUUCUCCCCCUUUUCUCAAAGUCCUUCCCUGCACAAGUGAUGCUGAUGAUGUGCUCAGUGUAGCUCGAAGAGGGGCAAUAAGAAACCCGCUACAUACUGUGAUUGGAUGCACAUUCUCUUAGCUCCUCCCACGGAUGUUGGCCCUGCCUAGAUGUUGUGAAGCUUCCCAGAAUGCAUAGUCAUUCACUGUAGAUCUCUUACUGAAAUGCGUAUUUUAUUUAAUGUAAGUAUAUUUUGGAACAGA